AUGGCACGGACUCAUCUCAGAAGACAAUAUAGUCCCCUAACAAGCGAAACCCCAAAACGUCGAAAAACAAGUGGACAAGUUGGUUGUCUCAGACAGUACACUAAGGAUAUUCUCUGCUUUCCACUAUCUGAACAAUUUCAAAAUGGAAAAGCAAUGCCAAUUCCAAGAGGAAAGGCUCGAGGGAAACUAGCUGAACUUGGUUUGUAUGGAAAAAUUGUAAUUUACUCCAACUGGUCAAAUGAUCGGAUGAUUGAUGAG